GCGCGACGCCCGAGCCUGAACUCUCACGCUUGCAUCGCCUUGCCCAACCACGCCGUCAAAUCCUGCUCCACCCCCUCACCUCGACUUGCUCCGUGCAAACGUCUGCGCGAUCCCUUCUUGUUCUGCGCCGACCCCGUCCUUCUCGUCGACCUUUCGCUCGUUACACGGCCCAAGCAGCGUCGGCGGGAAACUCUCGCCCAGCAGGCCAAUCACGCUUCCGCAUCCGGCAACGCGUUUCUUGGGCGUCGGACAGGACUCCCUAGCCUCUCCCGCCAGACUUCGCUCGACCGAGUCGCCUCUCGCACUUUCGCGCCUACACACAAGACACCAGUCGGGAAACCGACUUUCUGACCGAUCGGGGAUUUUGGUUUUCCCUCUGCAACGCGGGUCGCCCAACCAUGGCGCCCGUACUGCAUGCAGCUCCUCAUGUUGCGUUGCUGCCGCGGCUUUCCGCCCACGCGACUCACCUCGCCCAUCGCCUAGCGAAGCGCAUCGCGUCGCCGUCAUCGUCGUCAACGCAGCAGCAGCAAGCGCCCGGGCUCCUGCGAAGACAGAGCAAUGGCGGCACGGCCGUCAUACCGACUUCGUACAAGAUCGAUGGCCCUCAGCCUGCUGCCGUGGCCGGCAUCGUGCUCGGGUCCGUCGCUGCGUUCGUCUUGAUCAUCCUCCUCCUCUUUUUCCUGUCUGGCAACGCCCCCACAUGGACCAUCACAGGCGAGGAAGAGAUCGUUGUUCGCCGUGACGACCGGUCCUCAGGCCGGCGACGCUCUCGCCGCAGCGGGACCACCAGCGAGCGGAUAGAGGUUCGAGAACGGAGCCCGCGGACACGCACAACGAUAGUGGAGGAGACGAGGCGGAGUGACAGAUACCGCCCGUCCAGCGUCAGGCAAGAAAGCAUAGUGGACGAGCGCAUCGUGGAGAGCAGGCGCGGGUCGAGACCCCCGCCGCCUCGCAGAGUGGAAGGCGACGACAUCGUCGAAGUGAUUGAGGAGGGCAGCAGCAUUAGCGACCCGCCACCUAGGAGAGAUCGGAGACGGAGGAGCUCAGGCUACAGGUACUAAGCACGAAUCAAGCAAGGAACUUGGGGUCACAAACGCAUUGAAAUCACCACGGCCUAUCAUGUGUCGCGCGUUCCGAGCCAGCAGCCGAACCCUUCAAGAUCGGUCACUCAACAGGCCGGCCACCGUGCUGUCGUAAGGACGACGUUCUCUUCUUUCUUCUUUGCAUGAACCGACUUUGCGGAAUUUUAAACUUUUUGCAGCCCCAUAAGGCGAGAUGCGUCCUCUACGUAGCACAAGCUGACGUGGCGAGAAGAUGGGCGUGGCGGAGAGCAGAGUGUACGAUACGUAAUGUCGAAGAGAGACGCUAAUGUUUCUGGUGGGCUCGCUCCGAGGAGGAGACAUGACAAGUUUACAGGUAGAGAGGCGCUCGCGGCUCUGACACUCAGGGGAUGUGCAUAUUUUCGACGUAUAAUGAUUUAUUUCUCCUUUAUGCUUCGCACUAGGAUGCCUUAAUAGCAUGCACCACACACACACACACACACUCGCGCACGCGCACAAUUUACGAGUGCGAGAGCAGCCGGUGCCUCUUGUAACAAUCGCGGCGAAAGGAAAAGAAUGAAACGGAUUUUUUUUGUUCUGUUUUUCCUUCGCCACGGCGAUCAAGUGCGCAUCCACUUGACGCACGCCAGAAGAGCAAGGCCAAGCGUACAAACGCGAUUGUUUAAACCCCCCCCCCCACCAAAAAAAAUAAGUCACGGAAGCAGUCAAAUCAAUUUC